AUGAUGGAUCCCUAUCCAAUAGCCGAAGAUGCUGAGUAUAUCACGGCUAUCAUUCUCUGUUUUACUGUUAUCUUACCCAUAAACAGAAGCUUUGGACCCUUGGAUACCUUUUUCUGCGAAACUGAUUAUCUAUGUGGGCGCUUUUACCCGACUGCUUUUAGAUCACAUCACCCCUGGCCUGUAGAUAUAAGCAAGAACGACAAGGGGCGGUUAAGCCCGACCCUUGUCAGUAGGCCUCAAAAAGUGCUCGAUAUUCGAACUGGUACUGGCCGCUGGGCUAUUGAGUUUGCUGAUAGGAACCCAUGGUCAGUGGUAUCCGGAAUCGAUUUGGUUCAUAUGCAGGACGAGUGGGUACCGCCAAACUGUGAGUUUAUACUGGAUGAUAUUACACAGCAGGACUGGUGCACCCACUUCUCACAAGUCGACCUCGUUCAUGUCGGUGGACUCGGAGGCAAUCCUCGGCUCCUGGCUAGUGUCUUGGAUGGAGCCUACAGAUGCUGCUCACCUAAUGGUGUGUUAGAAAUAUGGGACAGCACUGUUCAACUCCAGGAUCCUACAGGCAGUAGUGAUUUCCACAUUUUCCACAGAGAAAUGGAGAAUGCCUAUAGGGAAGAUUGUCGCUCACUUAGCCUCCCGCUUUGCUAUAAGAAAGAGAUGGAACGCCGGGGUUUUGUUAGGGUAGUAGAGUACGUAUACGAUUUACGACUCUAUCUCAACGACUCUGAGAGUCCAGCAAGGAAAGUGAUCGCGGCAUGGGCAGAGGGAUUUGAGGCCUAUAGCCUAGAUUUGAUGGUCAAAAACCUUGGGAAGCGCUCAGAGGAGGUUUUAGUCGGUUGUGCUGCAGCGCGUCAAGCCUUGAGAAAAGGGGUUGCCGGGUCACUUCAGAUUCGGGUUGUCUCGGGGCAAAAGUCAGCUGUAGCUCAUUCUGUUACGGAUAUUGGUAUUUGA